AUAUGAGCAAUGUCUAUAUGGAUUUAUUUAUAGACCCAGACCCACGCCAACCACCACCACCACCACCGCUGGCUGACGAAUUAGAAAAUUGCUUAACGGUCACUUUCUGGCAAGCGAGCACGCAGUUCUUCCUCCGCAAUCACGCAAAAGAAGGUUCUCGAAGCGUGGUCUGCUGCCUUCUUGCUGCCUGCUCGCUCGCCUCUCCUUCACUCUCUUCCCAUCCUCCCUCUCGUGCGGAUCGUCAGCCACAUUUCUCCCGACUUCAAAGUUUCCGAAAAGUUGACCAAUAGUUUCUAAACUUAUAUUUCCAAUCCACCAAGUCUCCACCCCACACAGAAUUCUACUGAACAAGAUGGCUGACAGAGUGAAAGAACUCACGAAGCAGAUGGACGACGUGAGGAUGUCGUCGCCAGUGAAAAAGCGGCCACACCUCCCGCUCACUGAAGCCCGACCACUCCGCGUCAAAGGCGAGCCUCGACUCGACGUUAAAAAGAUUUCAAUCGUGGUGAAUCACUAUCCCGUCACCUUCGAACGAAACUUUCCACAAACGCUGUAUCAUUACGACGCAGUAAUUGAGAACGUUGAAAUCAUAUCAUCCGACCCGACAGCCGCUGCCGCCGCGAAGAAGCGGAAAGAUGCUCAGGUGUUGAAGGCGGCGAAAGAAGGGCGCGAGAUGGCUGGGCUCCCCGACCGGAUGCUGCCCAUCAUUUGGAAAGAAUUCGAGACGCAGUGCCAGGCCACCCUUAGGGCCACGACUCCCUUCGAUGGGAAGAAGAACGUCUACACAGCCAGACGUCUGGAACUUCCGAACGGGGACGCCUUCACGGCCACCUUCGACAUGGACGAUCCUGACGACCCUGACAAAAGGAGGCGUUUUCGAGUCACGAUUAAACUGGUCGCGACAGUUGCCACCAACUCUGUGAUCGAGUUUCUUGGAUCAGGGCUGGAGAGGGGCAAGCAGGUUGUCCAGCCUCAGGAUGUGAUCCAGGGCCUCGACGUAGCUCUCCGACAUCCUCCGUCCAUGCACUUCAUCAGCUGCAACCGCAGCUUCUUCAAUCCUUUCCCACAGAACAGACAUCCGCUGGAUUCAAUGUUGGAGUUGCUGCACGGCCACUACCAGUCGUUGUGCCUCGGAUCCGAAAAUACUGCUACUCUCAAUAUUGAUUUGGCGACCAAGGCGUUCUAUAAACAAACGCCACUUGCAGACUUUGCUCGCAGUGUUUUAAAGUUGCACAAGGAUGACUCGCUCGACCUUGUUUGUUGGGACGACCGAACGAUUGAUGUGGUCUCGGAAGCUUUGAGAGGCAAACUCAUCAAAUAUGGAACAGGACGUUGCAAUCAGAAAGGUGUCUACGAGAAGUACCACCAAUUCACGGCAAAUGGGCUGAUCUUGCGGUCCGCGGAAAAUUACGAGUUCAACAUGACAGACGAAAAGGGUAUCACAAGGUCAAUCAACAUUGUCCAAUACAUGCAAAAAUUCAAGAACACGACCAUUCGCUUCCCCAAAUGGCCCGUGGUGCAUAUUGGGAAUAAGAACAUGACGAACUACGUGCCACUGGAGCUGUGCAUGAUCAUCACGCAGCCGUAUCGCGGAAAAAUGGAACCCAAGCUCACGAGCGCUAUGAUCAAAGGCGCUGCCAUCGAGCCAGUGGCUCGUUUCAAGGCAAUCGAUCAAGCGAGAAAAGGGAGCAAGUUCGAAACGUCUGCAGUCAUGUCAGAAUUUGGGAUGAGCAUUGGGCAGACUCCUAUCGUGAUCAGGGAUGCGUCCGUUAUUCCACCGCCUACGGUGAAAACAUUGGCUUCCAAUGGUGCUGAAGUGAAUGCCAGAAUGACCUUCAAAGAGGGCAAGUGGAAUUUUAAGGACUCGGGAAGUGAACCGUCCAAAAAAUUUCUCAAGGCUGCCACUCUUCCGAAGUGGAUGAUCUUCGAUUGCGACGGCGUUUUGAACGACGAAAUCAUCGCUGAAAAUUUCAUCAAGAAACUAAUUGAAUUAGGGGAGAGUCUUGGAAUGAAGGGGUUCCGAAUCCCGGGAAAACCGAAACCGACAAUUAAAUGUUACACUGAAGCAACUUUUCAUCCGGGGAAGAUAGUGGGAACCGACAACAAAUUAAAACGGAUCAACAGAGCGUUCGAUAUUAUUAAGAAGAUGCAUUACGAAUUGGUCAUCGUGGUGUUGCCCUCGGACGGGAAGGAUUAUGCCUUCAUCAAGGCGGAGGCGGAAGUAGUGUUCGGCAUACUAACGGCUUGCAUCAAAUCAAGCAAUGUGCGGGACAUGAAUAAUCAAAAGAUUGGAAAUUACCUGCUCAAACUGAAUUCCAAGCUGUCCGGGACGAACUUUUCGAUACAGCAACUAAAUGAACUCUACUUCAAGGAAAGGACUAUGAUCCUCGGAGCCGACGUGACGCAUCCAAGUCCAAACUCAAUGGCUCCGAGCAUUGCCGCGGUGACGGCCUCUUUCAAUAUGAGUUGCAUGGGUUAUUCUAUGCACAUUCAACCACAGAAGAGCCGGCAAGAACUGAUCAAAAAUAUGGGAGAUAUCCUUGAAAAACAAUUGACAAAGUUCUUCGAAACGAACCGAGCUUACCCGACGCGCAUCUUGAUGUUCCGCGAUGGAGUCUCCGAAGGGUACUUUGAUGAGGUCAAAGCCGAAGAAUAUGCGCAAAUGAGGGAUGUUUGUGAAUUCACUUCUGAGAAAUUCGGAAUCCCAAAGAUCAAAAUUACGUUCGUGAUUGUCAAGAAGCGUCACCACACCCGCUUCCAACCCACCAAUGCGACAGAUGGAGUCGGGAAGUUUUACAACAUUCCGCCUGGAACCGUGGUGGACACCAAGAUCGUCCAUCCGUCUGAAAGAGAAUUCUUCCUCAACAGCCACGUUGGGAUUCAGGGAACGUCAAAGCCAACCCGAUAUCAUGUGAUCCACGAUGACACCAACUUCACGAUGGGCGAUCUGCAGAAGAUCACCUAUUAUCUCUGCUAUGCGUUCGUUCGGUGCACUCAGCCCGUCUCCUACCCCGCGGCGACUUACUACGCUCAUUUGGCGGCUUACCGAGCUCGACAUCUUCUCGAGAGAGAGGGUGAGAACGCUGACUUGGUUGAUCUCGCAGAGAAGUUGACAAUUCAUCCUGACUUGGCCAAACGCUAUCCGAUGUUCUUCGUAUAAAGUAUGGAUCUUAAACUACACGACUGCAUAAAGAUAAUUGGAUUGAUGAAGUCGGUUUUCUAUUAUUCUUCCAUUGUUGUUAAUCUUUUUUAUUUGCUUAUUUUGUUAAAGUCUUAUUGACUGUUUUGGAUUUAUUUCACUUAAAAAGAUUCUUUUACUGUCGUUUACACUACUUCAAUUCAUGGCAGUAUAAAUUAUAACUCAUUUUGAAGUUUAGAAUAAUUUAGUAUUGUUACAAUAAACACUAGUAUUAUUGUUAGUAUUGUUACUACUAUUUAAAAAUAUGUAAUUAAAUAUAUGCAGUUUUUUGCAAUGUA